AUGCCACGAACGAUCCUGAUCACAGGCGCUACAGGACAACAGGGAGGUGCCACUCUGAGAGCUUUGACCGAGUCCACCCGGCUUUCCGAUGGUUUGUCAAUCAGACUACUAGCUUUGACACGGAAUUCUUCAUCCCAGAAGGCGAACGCGCUGCUCAGUAUUCCUGGUGUGCAAGUCGUACAGGGAGAUCUCCGCGAUAAGUCUAGUAUCAGCAAAAUCUUCGAAUCUUAUGCGAUUGACUCGGUCUUUGGCGUUCAAGAUAUAUUUCAAGGCAAUGAAGUCGAGCAAGGUACGACUCUAGUCGAUGUGGCUGUGACGUAUGGAGUUAAACAGUUCGUAUAUACCAGUGUUGACAUGUCAGGACUAAGUCCCAGUCCGAUCCCUCACUUCGAGACGAAACGUCAAAUCGAAGAGCACCUGAAAGCCCGAUCAUCCCAAUCACAGAUGGUAUACACCAUCCUCCGACCUUCAGCCUUCUUUGGAAAAUUUUUCAAGGAGGUUAAGAAUGUCUCCUGGGAGGAUCCUGAACAGGAUGUUGAGGUUGGUACAGAGUUAACGAAUGCUCUCAAUACUAUCAACGUUCAUCCUUUUGAAGGCACUCCGGAAGAGACAAGACAGCUUUUCCCCUGGGUAAAAGACCUUCCCACCUGGCUGGACACAGAAUUUCACGCAGGAACGAUGAUCGGACAGCUAGGAAACUCAAGCUCACACUGA